AUGUCUCUUGGAUCUUGCUGCAUUUCCGGUGUCAAGGUCCGUCUCAGCGUUCCAGGUCCCCCUCGGCUGCGUCAAGAUGUAGCCAGCCUUCCGUCGAACGGCAGCGAAUGCGAGCCCCUCACGACCACGCGCUGCGAUCUGGCCACUCGAUGCCCACCCAACUUGUCGCUGAACCUUGCGAUUCCUGGCCCCUUCCUACAGCACGAAGGCACCCCCGCCGGAGAAUUCACCACCAUCAACGGUGCACGUGUCUGUAAGUCUCUUCACACCGCGCUACCAGCUUGACCCUACCCCUACCCUUCCUCACCGGCUUCGAUCGCGCGCUGUCUCGGGACGCUCGUGCGUCAUCGACUCGGGUGACGACCGGCCGACCGACCGACCGGCUCCACUCGCUCUCGUCCGCCGAAAACUCCGACGGCUUUGCUGAUCAGGAUGUGCAUCUAUCUGCCUUCUCUCGACUGCAGACCAAGCCCUCCCCAAGGGUGACUACGACAAGAGCAAGGCCUUGUUGUUCUGUACCGAGUCAGUCCAUCCGAGUACCGGGAGUUCCUGCGCGAGUUCUGACUUUCCUCUCCUCGGUCCUUGCCUUCCCUUUCCGCCGAAACAGCAUCUUCGGUAACUCGCUUCCCAACGGACAGGUUGGUGACGUAUUCGCUGCCGCGCAAAGCUUCCACUCGAUCGCUGACACAAUCAUUUGAUGCUCCUCCUCAGCUUGUCGCCGAUGCUUUCGCCGCCGAGGGCUUUGCGACCUAUGCCGUUGACUGUGAGGAAGACAUGCACGAAAUAUGUAGCACACUUCCUGCCACUGAUCGAGCCCACCAUAUCCUGGCUACCGUUCUUUCUUACCAUAACAGACCUGAACGGCGACGACGCCCCCGAGGAUGCCUUGAGCGGCAACAAAGACUUUGACUUGAUGGCGUGGCUCGGCAAGCACGGCAAGGCCGAAACGUACCCUCACAUCAUCAAGACCAUCGAGGGCCUCAAGCAGCAAGGCGUCAAGGACUUUGCCGCGACCGGCUACUGCUUUGGUGGUCGCUUUGUUGUCGAUUGCGUCCUUGAUGUCAGUCUUUCCCCUAUUCCGGACUCGGAAAUCUUUUCUCCCACUCUGCUCUAGCUGGCUUCGUGCUGUUCGGACAUCCUGCUAUGAAGCACAGAAAAACUGUGCCACAUGAUAGGAUACUGAUAUUGGUCUCUGAUUCGCAUUCCCAGGGUCACCUCAAAGUCGCGAUCGUCAGCCACCCUUCGUUGCUCAAGCCUGAUGAGGAUUUACCCGCCAUCAAGGCAAAGUCGAUCCCCUUCCUGUGGAACACCUGCGAGAACGACCAAAUGGUGAGACAAAAACAAGCUGCUACUUCCAGUUCUACCACGUCGUCGUUGCAGCUGACUGACCAUAAUCUUUAUCCUGUGGUUCGUCGCAGUGGCCCAAGGAGUGCCAGGAGAAGGCCGACGAGGUCUUCAAGGGCGACAAGAACUACCAGCGCAACUGUGAGUCACCAUUACAGACUGAAAGUUUGACGUUCAGUCGACCAAGGUGGGCUGUACUAAGCCUUUUUUUUUAUGUUUGGUGGAUUCGCAGACUACGAGGGCGUGAGCCACGGUUUCGCUAUCCGAGGUGACCCCAAGGACGAGAAGGUUCGUGCCAAAAAUCUUCGCUUUCCUAGUGGACGCCUGACUCGAGCUAAGGAUUCUCACUCAUUCACCCACUUGCCCAUCUUUACAGUCGCGCAAGGCCAAGGAAGGCGCGUUCGAGAGCUCGAUCAAGUUCCUCAAGGAGAACCUUUGA